GUGCAGUUAAUGGUCACCCAGAAUCAAAUAAUCAGUUGCAUAUAUAAUCGAAGAAUCUGAAUCAUAGCUAGUUUACCUCAACAUCUAAAACUGAUUAAUACUAACUUGGAAUUGAAAUAAAUAGAUUAAGCAUGCAUCCAAAUACUCCCAAUUGUUUUAGGGAUUGUUCUGGUAAUAGAUUAGAAUCGUCCCGGUUUGUUAAUUUACUUUUGGUUCUCAUUGCAUCUGGUAGGAGACAGUUCUUCAUGAAUCUGAUCGGAGAUGAGAGGUGCUUUUAGGUUGAGGAUGGUCGGAGAUGAGAGCAGGUGAAGGGGCGUUUGGGCGGAAGAUGAUCGGAGAUGAACUUCUGAAUCGGUGCCUGAGUUGAAAAUGAGAGAGAAAGAAACCCAACCCGGCCCGACCCGACCAAUAGGUGUAGACAUUGCUUAAUGAAAAAAAAAUGUCUGUUUGACUUUUCUACGCAUUUAUUGAUAUGAAGAAAAACUGUGUACGUAUUAUAUAAAUUAAUAAUAUGAUGUGAAACGGAGGAAGCAACGACUGACGGAGGCGUUUAUUGCAGAUGGCAUCGCGGUUGUGGUUGUGUUUCUGCUUGACUAUCACCGCCGCCAUAACUCGAGCUCAAAACACCACCGAUCCAGCUGAAGCGAGAGUUAUAAAUGCAAUGUUCAGCCAAUGGGGGAUACCAGAAAGUUCAGUAACAGCGAUGGGAUGGAACAUAAGCGGAGAAUUAUGCAGCGGUGCUGCCGUUGACAAUACCAACUUCGAUUACCAUAUUUACAAUCCCGGUAUCAAAUGCGACUGUAAUUUCCCCAAUUCUACUUGCCACAUCACCCACCUAAACGUUUUUGCAAUGGACGCAGUGGGCACAAUACCCGAAGGACUCUGGACUUUGACUUACCUUACCAGUCUUAGUUUGGUCAAGAAUUACUUAACAGGUCCCUUGUCACCUUCCAUUGGCAAUUUAACUCGGAUGCAGUACAUAAAUAUCAGCUUCAAUGCGUUAUCAGGGCAGGUUCCACGUGAGCUAGGACAGCUUACUGAUCUUAGACAUCUGAAAUUUGGCACAAACAAUUUCGAAGGCUCUCUGCCUUCUGAACUUGGAAAUUUGAGAAGAUUAGAAAGGCUUUGGAUCAUUAGCUCUGGAGUUGGUGGUGAUAUACCUUCCACAUUUGCUAAUUUACAGAACCUACAUCUAGUAGGGGCUUCUGAUAAUGGAUUCACAGGCAGAAUACCGGACUUUAUAGGGAAUUGGUCACAGUUAGUAUCAUUGAAUUUUGAGGGAAACUCUUUUGAAGGUUCAAUACCACCGACAUUUUCUAGACUGACUUCUUUGCAGAACUUGAGGAUAAGUGGCUUAUCUAAUGGAACUCUGGAUUUUAUUCAGGAUUUGAAGUCCCUGAGAGUUCUAAUGUUGAGGAAUAACAAACUUUCUGGCUCUAUUCCAAAUAACAUAGGAGAGUAUACAAACUUGACAUAUCUGGAUUUGAGUUUCAACAAUUUGAGUGGACCGAUUCCAAGGGGAUUGUUCAACUUGAGUCGAUUAUCUUUCUUGUCUCUUGGAAACAACAGUUUAACGGGUACUCUUCCCGAUGCAAAGAGCACAACUCUCCGCAAUAUUGAUUUGUCAUAUAAUGAACUAUCUGGGACACUUCCUUCUUGGGCCAUUGACCCAACCUUACAACUUAACAUCCUUGUGAACAACUUCACUUUAAACAAUUCAGAAUUGAAUUGUCUCCAAAGCGGUUUCCCUUGUGGUCGUGGAUCACCAAGAUAUAGUAACUUUGGAAUCAAUUGUGGUGGCCCACGAAUCACAUCCUCAAGUCAAAUAGUCCACGAGCAAGACAACCAACUUUUGGGACCAGCAGCGUACUACUUGAGCCCCGAAAAGAAGUGGGCUGUCAGUAAUGUGGGAGGAAGAGGCAUCUUUCAUAAAAACACAGAGUCCACCCAACACCAGUUCAACAACUCAUUAGCAUCCACUUUACGCCAAUUCACAAACGCUAUAGAUUCAAAACUCUUCCAAACAGCAAGACUCUCUACUGAAUCAUUAAGAUAUUACGUUUUAGCCCUUGAGAAUGGUAACUACACUGUAAAACUCCAGUUUGCAGAACUUGUAGUUGAAGAUGGUCCCACUUGGAGAAGCCUCGGAAGGCGAAUAUUUGACAUUUAUAUCCAGGGAAACCAGGUGUUUAAAGAUUUUGAUAUCAAAAGGGCUGCAGGGGGAGCUUCAUUUAGUCCUGUUACAAGGGAAGUGACAGCUGAGGUUUUAAAUAACUAUCUUGAAGUACAUUUCUUUUGGGCUGGAAAAGGGUUUUCUUACAUACGUGAUCAAGGAGAUCUUGGACCUCUUAUCUCAGCAAUCAGUGCUACCCCAAAUUUCAUACCUACUGUGGGCAACAAUCCGUCUUCCAAUAACAAGAACAAUAAUACCGGUUUGAUUGUAGGGAUCUUGACUCCGGUUGGAGUUGUGAGCCUUUUGACAUUAGUAGCCCUAAAUAUUAUCCGUCAACAAAGGAAAAGGAGGGAUACAUCUGGAGAUAAUGAUGAACAUGAAGAGUUUUUGGGAAUUGACACGAAGCCUUAUACUUUUGGCUAUGGAGACUUGAGAGAUGCAACAGAUGAUUUUAGUCCUGCAAAUAAGCUUGGGGAGGGUGGUUUUGGACCUGUUUACAAGGGAACACUUGAAGAUGGAAGAGUAAUAGCUGUUAAAAAACUAUCCAUAGCCUCACACCACGGUAGGAGUCAAUUUGUGGCAGAAAUUGCUACAAUAUCCGCAGUCCAACACCGUAACCUCGUGAAAUUAUACGGAUGCUGCAUUGAUGGAGCAAAACGACUUCUUGUCUACGAGUAUCUUGAAAACAAGAGUCUUGAUCAAGCAUUAUUCGGAAGCAACAGAUUGUCCCUUAAAUGGUCCACCCGUUUUGAUAUAUGUUUGGGAAUAGCAAGAGGUCUCGCAUAUCUGCAUGAGGAAUCCCGUGUACGAAUUAUACAUCGAGAUGUGAAAUCUAGUAAUGUUUUGCUUGAUUCUGAUUUGAACCCUAAGAUAGCAGAUUUUGGUCUGGCCAAGCUUUAUGAUGACAAGAAAACGCAUUUGAGUACUCGUGUUGCAGGCACAUUUGGGUAUCUUGCACCAGAGUAUGCAAUGUGGGGACACCUUACAGAGAAGACUGAUGUGUUUGGGUUUGGAGUUGUGGCUCUAGAGAUUAUCAGUGGAAGGCGCAAUUCAGAUUCAAGUUUGGAAGAUGACAAAAUAUACCUUCUUAAUUGGGCGUGGAAGCUAUAUGAAGAUAAUCGUGAAUUAGAGUUGGUGGAUGAAGGAUUGUCUGAAUUUGAUGAGGGUGAAGUGAAAAGAAUGAUAAGAGUUGCCCAUUUAUGUACGCAAACAUCGCCAACACAACGACCAUCAAUGUCACGUGUGGUGGCAAUGCUUUUUGGAGAUAUGGAAGUAGCCGGUGUCAUUACUCGACCCGAGUACUUGUCGUGUUUCGAGUUUUAUGAUUCUACAACAUUUAAGAGUGAUAGUACGAUUUCAAUAGUUUCACCACGUUCACAUGAUGAUUCCCUACCGAUGCUUCAUAAUAUCAUGGGAGAAGAUAAAACCUUUUAUUGUGAUGCGUAA